CGUCCUUUGGUGGCGUUCGAAAAGGUUACGACAGGAGCGAACGAGAUCAGUGCGAAAUUCGGAUCGGUGAGCGUGUUGUGUGCGAUGAAGUGGUUAGUACUAGCGUUUGCCCUGGUGGCGGCUACGAGCUGGGCCCACGGAAGCGUGGUUAAAAGUGUUUUCUUUGGCACGGGCACCGAGGAGUACGUGUAUCAGUAUGUGCUGGAUGUGACAACUGGCGUGUUUGAACCAGAAUAUGGUUCGAUGUACCAGGUGAAGGCGUACAUGCACGUUCGACCAGAUCCCUCCGGAAAUGGUACGUUUGUGUACUUCGCCGACCCGAAGGUGUUCCUGUACACGGGCUCUCUCCCCAUACCGGUGGAACCGACGGCGGAGAACUACACCCAGUACGUCAAGCAGGCGGAAGUCUUCGUGCAGCCUUUCUACGUGACCUACGAUAAGUUCGGUCUAGUGCAGGAGGUGUUCACCACCAAGACGGACGUGCUAUGGAGCGUCAACUUGAAGAAGAGUGUGGCGAGCUUGAUGCAGCUGCCUGUCGACAAGAUCCCGACGAAAAAGUUCGUCAAACCGUUCGUGUUCACUGAAAGCGAAGAGACCGUGUUCGGAAAGGUCAACGUUACCUACGCGGUGCAUUCGGUCAACGAGAAGGUGCAGAUUGUGAAGACACCGGACUAUGAAUCGUUCACCCACCAGCCGUACGAUGUGUACGCCAACAUUGAGCCAUUCCACGUGUACCACAACUGGACCACGUGGAACUCGGUGCUACCGGUGGUGGAGUACGAGCUGACGUUUGCGAAGGAUGGCGUACAUGUGAAGAACGUGCACUCCGAGAGCACUAAGUACGUGCAGCCGUUCACCGUGGAGGGUCAGAAGCAGUUCGUCACCACCAAGCAGUCGCUGGUGUACUUGGAAACCGUUGCUCCGAGCAAGACGUUUGAGUUCUCUGGCUUCCCCAUGUACCACCACGUGCACUACGAAACGCCUGAGUCGGUGUUCGAAGAGACGUAUCCGACCAUUUCUACCAUCAGCCCGGUUGUAGACAUUUCCACCGUCGGUACCAAGGUGCAGGUGAUGUUGUACGAAGCUGUCCAGUAUCUGCAGGAAAACCCAAUCAACCAUCACGAAACCGACACGAAGCAUGGACUCGUGAUAACGCGCAUCAUCGAAGCGCUGAAGCCGUUCACCGUCGAGAACUACGCUCAGUUCUGGACGGUGCUGACGAAAUCGACCACCCCGAAGGAUCUGAUGGCGGUGGACAUUUUCUACAAGGUGUUGCCCUCGGUCGGAACCAAGUACUCGGUGCAGUUCGUGAUGGAUAUGGUGAAGAACCACAAGGUCAAGGAAUCGGUCGCCGCCGGAAUGCUGUUUUCACUGGGUGUCAACGUACGCGCACCGUCUGUGGAGUUGCUGCACAGUGUCGAAGACUUUGUCAACUUUGCCAACUACGUUAAGCCCGAUGUGGCCAGUGCCGCCAUCCUCUCGUUCGGUACGAUGGUGUACAAGACGUUCCAGCACGACGUACACUCGACGGAGAUCGAGAAGUACAUCAAGGUGUACUACAAGAAGCUGAAGGAGGCCAAGACGUUCGAGGAGCAGCUCGUGUGGCUGCACGGCUUGAAAAACAUCCAGCUGGGUACGGUCGGAGAGCUGCUGGUACCGCUCGUGAAGGGCGAGCAGGUGUUAGAGCUGCCGUACGAUCGCCACCUACAGGUGCACGUGAUUUACGCGCUGAUGGAAAUCAUGGAGCACGAGCACGACACGCUCUUCGAAGUCGUGUUCCCCGUUGUCGUCGAUGAAACACUGCCGGUGGAGUUGCGCGUAGCCGCUGUGAAGGUGAUCGUCGCGAUGGAGGACGUACACUACCUCUCGAAGCUUGUCGCCUUCAUGAAGGUGGAGACAGACCCGCAUCUCUACUCGUACUUCGUCACGACCGUGCGCAGCGUGGUCAACUCGGACGUGUACUUCGGUACCGAUUUCUACCACUACCUGCAACACGUGGUGGAGGAGUUUGUGCACUACGAUCCGGCGGUCGAAACGAAGGGCUUCUUCUACGAUUACCUAGAUCACGAGCAGAAGGUUGGCAGCAUCAUCCGCGGUAACAUGAUCGCGGAUGUGAAGUACAACAAGGUGAACCAGUUCUACGUCAGCUUCGCCCCGUACGUGAUGGAUCGCGUGUACGAUCUCUACUCGGUGUACGUCAAGUUCGAGGGUGUGCACAAUCCGCUCUCGCUCGUGUGGCCCAAGCUGUUCAACGUUGACCCGAAGACGGUCAAUGAGCCGCUCACGAAGCACUACGAAAAUGUGCCCGUUCACGUGGAGUUCACGUUCAUGGCCAACGGUAAGGUCGUGUACACGAAGUACUUUAACGAGGAAACGAUCAAGCAGUUCUACACGUACACCUACCUGACGGUGUUGAAGACUCUGCAGUACCAGUUUACCACCGUGCUGAAUGUGGCCGAUGUCGAGCUGUACACGCCGACGUACGAUGGCGUUCCGGUGAAGGUUGAUCUAAAGCUACCGCUUGUGUCCCAGUUCAAGUACAACGUUGUGGUCCCAUCGACUACCAACCAGAAUGAGGUGACGCUCACCGUCAACAGCUUCUUCCGCAUGUGGAUGCACGGGUACUACGGCGUGUCGGUGUACAAUCCGUUUGCCCUCACCUGGCAGGGUAGCCGGCGUGUGCAGGCGUUUGACUUCAACGUACCACUGGUGUUCGACGUCAUCUUCAACUUCCAGCAGAACUCGUUCAAGCUCGUCUGGACGAAGCACGCCAACGAAGUGUUGAACGUGGUCGGCUUCAAGUCGCACGUCAAGACGCAGGUUUUCGCCAAACCCGAAACGGACGUUGACUACCUCAAGACCAGCUGCCCUGUGUGCCAUCACUACGAAACGGUCACCGCCGUUCCGGUGCCGAAGAAGAAGGACGUCGUGCUGUACGAAUCGCACUCCAAGUACACCGGUCUGCACUUCUACCUGUCGAUCUUCGACGUUGAGGUUCCACCAACGGUGAAGUACUACAAAACGCUCACCGAUGUCUUCACGUCGGAGUUGUUCCACGAGCUGGAGCACGUAACCGUGUUCGAUUUUGUGGCGAAAUACUUCACCUGGUUCUACAUGACCGUGCUCCCGCCCAAACCGACCUCCUACGGUGUCGUCGGUUACGUCAACCCAUGCAAAAUGUACCCCUUCGACAAGAUGGAACUGACGUUCAAGGUCGACGGUGAGGUCAUUCCGCACGAGCUGUGGACCACACCGGACUACCGGCAGUACGUGAAGUUCACCGCCGUCUUCAAGAAAACGGACGUGGUCGUUAACUACUGGGACGUCAACGUGUACUACACGCACGAGCACGGCACGUACUUCAAGACGGUCGGCAUGCAGGUGACCCGUCAAACUCCCGGUGAGAAGAACAUGAACGUUUGCAUCGACUGGGUGAAGACCGUCGUGCCGGAAUCGGUUCACGGAAAGCUCACGUACUUCCACGGUUACUCGUACGAUCACAAGUGCGUGAAGGACGACAUGGUUGUGUCGAUCGAAUGGACCGGCGCACAGUCGGAGGUCCAGAAGAACCUCACGCACGUCCCGUCUUUCCACACGGCUCCGACGUACUACUACCAGCAGUGCGUGCCACGCGUUCUGCCCUUCUUCGAGGGCUACUCUGUACCGGUGACGUACGAGUGCGCUGACGUCCACACCACGGUUCGGAAGUAUCUCUACACCGUCGACUACCAGCACGUGUACCCGGCGUACGUGGAGUUUGUCAAGCCGUUCUGGUUCUGGGUGAAGCACGUUGUCCCCUCGUACUACCAUGACGUCGAUCAGUUCCACUUUGUGCCGGAAAAUCGGUUCCUCGUCGAUGUGGAGUACCCGAUGUACUACACCCACCCGGUGGUGGACGUCGUUGUCAAGUCCGCCUACGAAACUGUCGCGUUCGAUCACGUUCCCUAUUACGAUUGGGUGUGGGCGUUCCAACCGGAAAGCACCGUGUUCACCAAGUACUUUGAAGUGAUGAAAUCGUUCGGUUAUGUGGACGCUUGCGUCGUGAAUCCUGUCUAUGAAUAUGCCCCGUACAAGUACACCGUCGGCAAGACGCCGGUCUACAACGAGUGGAUCCUGUACGCCUCGGAUCAUCCCGUGUCCUACACUUGGGCCGUUUACGUGCAGAAGCUGGAGAAGAACCAUGUGGCUUUCAAACUCGUCCUAAACGGUCACAGUGUGGUGGUACAGCCACUGUUCGGCAAGCAGUACGAGCAUGUUCCAACCAAGUACACCUUCACGGUUGACAGUGAGCUGAUGCAUGCGCUCGAGCACGGAAGCGUUGAUGGAUAUCCGUUCAAGUACUACUACGUCUACGACUCGAUCGUCUUUGUCGUCCCGAACGUUUCGCUGUACGUCGUGUACGACGGAUACCAGGUGCGGAUUGAAACGGCAAAGACGGAAAAUGUCGCACUCUACGGGCAGUGCUAUGUCUAAGAGAGGGUUUUUGGUAGACGAACGAACGAAGAACGCUGUAACAAAAACUGGCUUUUCAUUCGAAUUUGAAAUAAACGUACACAAUUGAUCAA